CACACACUCAUGAAUUACACAACAACUGUUUUGUUCGGACUACGUCUUACACCCGGUAUCACUGAGUAUCAGUGUCAGUGGAAUAAAGUGUGCUUGAUUCGUUCAACCGUGUAGAGAGAAAAGAACAACGUAUUAUAAUUAUUUUAACAUAAUUCUGAACCUCAAACAUUGGAUACUACACACUGUAAGAGUCUGUUUAACUGUUUGUGGUGAGGAAUGGCUUGCAUCUCAACAUUCAUUUCUUGCCUGCGUAGUUCACAGCACCUGAAAACACUGCAGCCAUCACUGUGCAGGAGCAUGGUCUGUUACUUCAGCACCGACCUGAAGCCCAAGGCCCACACAGCUAACAGCAAGUACAAGGUGCUAGUGGUGGGUGGAGGCAGCGGAGGCUGUGCCAUGGCAGCCAAACUCAGUUCCCUAGGGAAGGAUUGUGCUGUGGUUGAGCCAAGUGAUAUGCAUUACUAUCAGCCAAUUUGGACAUUGGUAGGUGCUGGGGUCAAAGGGUUUCAGUCUUCUGUGAAACCCACCAGGCAAGUGUUGCCUCAGAGCUGUGAGUGGAUCCAAGACAAGGCCGUCAAGUUUGAUCCUCAGAACAAUCUAGUGGAGUUGGGCUCUGGAGAGAAGGUCUCUUAUGAUUUUCUAAUUGUUGCCUUGGGAAUACAGCUGGAUUAUGGAAAGGUAAAAGGUUUGAUAGAUGCAUUGGAAGAAGACCCCGCUGUUGCAUCCAACUACCACUUUAAAUGGGUCAACAAGACUUUCCCAGCAUUGCAACAGUUCAACGGUGGAAACGCCAUUUUCACAUUUCCCAACACGCCCAUCAAGUGUGCAGGAGCCCCACAGAAAAUUAUGUACUUGGCAGAAGAGUACUUCCGUAUGACUGGAGUUCGAGACAAAACUAAUGUGAUUUACAAUUCAUCCCUGGGUGUUAUAUUUGGAGUGAAGAAGUACGCUGAAGCCUUACAGAAAGUAGUAGAGAAGAGAAACAUCAAAGUGAAUUACAAACACAACCUUGUUGAGGUGGACCACAAGAACAGGACGGCCAUCUUUGAAAAGUUGGAUGAUAAUAACAAACAGGUCCCUUUCCAGUAUGAUUUCCUCCAUGCUACACCCCCAAUGUCCUGUCCUGAUGUCCUGAAACAAAGUCCACUGAUCAAUGACGGAGGCUGGGUAGAUGUGAACAAGUACACUCUACAGCACAACAAGUUCCCCAAUGUGUUUGGCCUCGGGGACUGCACCAGCCUUCCCACGUCAAAGACAGGAGCUGCAGUGGCGGCCCAGUGUGGUAUUUUACACAAGAAUCUUUUGCAAGUGAUGAAAGGCGACUGUGCAACACCGUUGUAUGAUGGCUAUACAUCCUGCCCGUUGAUCACCAGCAAGUCAACAUGUAUCCUGGCUGAGUUUGACUAUGAUGGCAAGCCGCUAGAAACACUUCCCUUCAAUCAAGCCAAAGAGAUGAAUCUAACCUACAAUAUGAAAGCUUACAUUAUGCCUGAGAUUUACUGGAAAAUUAUGAUGAAAGGAAGAUGGAAUGGCCCAGCUACAUUUAGGAAAAUGUUGAGGCUAGGACUCAUUCGCUCCAAGAAGAUUGAAGUAUAAACAGACAUUGACAUUUAGUUACGGUAAUUUUGUUUUUUGGUGUGAACUGUUGAUUUUAAAAGUUUUAGAAAGAGUCUUGUAUUGUGAGAGGGUACUGGAGAAAACUAUGGUUGAAAGACAUAUUUGUUGUGUAUACCAAUACUAGGUCGGUAUAUGCUAUUAAAGAGAUUUACAGCCAAAUAUUGCAUUACAGAACUUACAAUAAUAAUUAUUUUAUUUCUGUUUUUAGACAUUUCAACAAUAUUGUCAUUGUUACUGGUGAUGGAGUGGCAUGAUGAUAUUGUUUUUUAUAAAUGCUGUAGUUUUAACUAAUUGACUGCUCUCUGCUGAAAGUGCUAAUCAUUGAGAGAUUAGUAUUUUAAUAAAUGUUUGCUUGUAAAUGAAAAAGAUUUUUAGUCAGAGCCAAUAUUCUUAAUUAUUUAUUCUUGAGGGUGCAGAUUCAUCCCACAGAAAUAUCUUCCUUUGUGCCCAGCGGUAAACUCAAGUCAUUUUGAAAAUCUCAAUUUAUUUACAUUUGUAUAGAUGUGCUUAAAGUUUAAUUUUAAUUUUUAUGAUGUUGAGAAUGUUUUUGUAUUGUGGUAAUGUUAGGAUUUAUCUAGAGCUUUGUUGUCACUUGAAGUGCUGUAUUCUUCUUUCAAUUUUAGACUCAAAGACAAUCCUUUGUAAUUAUUAUAAUUUAGCUCUCCGAGAAAGUUGUUUUGUUUUAAAGUUAUAAAGUCUUCAUUUUGUUUGAUAACUCAAUAUAAAUACCUGCUAAUAUAAAUUUCCAUUUUGUUGUUGUUGUUACUUGUUUGUUGUUUCUUUUGUUUUUUUAUCUUUAUUCUUCAUUAAGAUUUGAUCUGCACAAGCAACUUGUUGAUAAAGGGAAUAAGUAAAAAGUUGGGCUUUCAUUGAUGCCAAGUAAAAUGGCCUCAGCUGUAUGUGUGUGGAAGGUCUCAAUAUGCUAUUUGAGUUAAAAGAUAGACCUGACAUUGUUUUAAAACUUUUUUUGAUAUUUGUUCUGAUUUGUAGAUAAAAGAGCAAAAUGACCUUUCCUUUCAUGUUUGGAAAUUAGAGGAUCUUCUGACUUAAUGAAAAACAAUUAUUUUUUUUUUAGUUUCAGUUGGUAUUUAUGUGUGCACCAAGACAAAAGAUCUAGACAAAUUUUUCAUCUAGAUUUAUGAAAGCAAGAAAAUCACAAUUGUUGCUUUCCAUUGGGCAUAUGUUCAAUAAUUACUAACAUCUUGGUUUAAAACAUUUUUUUUUUAUUAAUGUAAGUUGAUAGAAAAUAUUUUUUCCUUUGUAUAGGUACUAAAAAGUCAGCAAUUUUUUUUUAUUUGCCUCCAGUUUUUAAGAAUCAUUUUUUUUUUCGUACAAUGUCAUUCUUUAUACCAAGUGAAUAUUUAAUAUAAAACUAUCACUAAAAGUGGGGAGGAUUUAUUUUGUUGGAGUCUUAAAUUUUAUUUUCACUAUUGUGGUUGUUUCUUGUAUUGUGUAGCUGCUUGAAGAUUGAACUUGAAGUAAGUGGUCUUAGCUGUACCCACAAGGUUUCUUAGAUACUUUCAUUGCAAUUUAGAUCGCCUGGAAAAGUAAUUUUAGAAAAGUCCUUAGCUGGUAGAUUUUACUCUGAUUCUAGCUUCUUGUUCGGCCAAGUAUAGAUUGUUGCAACAAGUUAAGUAAUCUGUUUUUGUCCUUUACAAAGAGUGGCUUCCAUAGAAUGUUCGAUUACUAAAUUCACAUAAUUUUUAUUUGAAUAGAUGGAUGAGAAUUUAAAUAUUACCCGUCUCUCAGCAAAGUAUGCAAAUCUUAAUUGGUUCUGUGUAUUUAAGUAAAAUACUGCACUCAUCCUUAAUAUUUGGAUUUGAAGACGAUGCCUUAUUAGCUGGAUGAGGCAAACAUUAAAUAUAGUCCAAAGAAUCUUCUCUUGAUUUGUUUGAUAGUGUUCAUUCCAUUAAAUUCUAUUUCUUUGUGAUCUUUUUAGCUCUUGUGAUAUGAAGGGAGAGAAACCUUUGAAGGAUUAUGGGCACGACAUGGCCUAAAUUGUGCUGAUGUGCCAAAAACUAAAACAAAAAUAUAUAAUUUGUCGAAUAUGCUUAACUGCUUCAUUGGGAAGCUAUUCGAUGAUGUUCUAAUGAAAGUUUUUAAAUCAGACUAAUUAAAAGCAGCAUAAAUCUGUUUUGUAAAAUAUUUUUUUACUUUUCAAUGUUAAAAAUCGAUAUUGAAUUUAACUGUAUUAAAAAAAAAAGGAUAGAAUUUGAAUAGUUGCCUUAUCAUGCGUUAUGCAUUCUGGACUGUUGCUCUGUUGUCUUAA